CUUAGAUCAUGGCGGCUCGAAUUUGUGCUUCGGAAUCUCGCGUGUUAAGAAUUUAAUUUCGUCUCUCUCAAUCGCAAUUUGUGUGGCGUCUUGUAUGACAUUAUCUUCCUUAAAUGAUACCGCACCCGUUCACCGUAAGUUUCCUCGAAAAUGUCUCGAAAGGCACCCGCGGGCUCGUCGUCCAAAAGUGACCCCAAAAAGCAAACCAGCCUGAAGGCGUUCAUGGCGAAGAAGGAACCGGAACGAUCCAGUAGCCCGGUGGCGUCCGUUGUCACUGCAAACGACGAGAAGGCUAAGCUGAUAUCGCCCAGCAUUUUCAAGCCGAAGGUUCCACGGUUCAAGAGCAAGGUUGAGAUAAAUCCGCCGAAAACCGUUGAAAUCCUGUCGAGUGACUCGGACGGUUCGCCGAUGAAGCCGCGAGGGAAAGUGUCCCGCGUGUUGUCCAACGACAGUCUGUUUGAGCAGCCAAGAAACACAUCCACGGCGGACACGGAAACCGGCCCGCUGGACGAGUACGAUCUGCUCGUGUCCAAGUAUUGCUCGCAGGCAGCCAUCGUGUCCCAGCAGCUUGAGCUGGAGCUGCAGAAUGAUACGCGCUACCAGGAAGCGACGAAGAAACUGGAGGCCAACUUGGCAAAGAUAAGCCCGCAGAAGUCUGCCGGUGAAGGUACGAGCAAGGGCAAGUUCCAGUACAAAGUGCCGAAAGCGCAAGGAGGAUCGCUGCUGGCCGGAUUGGCCGAACCGCUUCGGAAGCCGAUAGACCUGAACGAUAGUAGUGGUUCGACGAAGCUGGAUGAUGACGAUGACGUGUUUGAGUUUAAGAAAAGGGGGAAACCUGCUUCUUGCUCGACGCCGGUUUUCAAGCCGAAGGCGCCUAGCUUGGCCACGGUGGUCACCGAUUCGCCGCCGAUUUUCAAGCCGAAGGUGCCUAGCACGGCGAACAACGAAACGCCACCAACGUUGUUCAAACCUAAAGCUCCGCUGAGUUUGUCCAACUCGAAACCGUUGAAUCCAACUGCCUCGGAAUUCGUCCCAAAGGAGACUCCGCCAAAGUUUACGUUCGUCCCGAAACAACCCGUUUUUGGUUCCUCCUCAAAACCUGCCCCACUUGAAAGCACGUCCGAAACUCUGGACCGGCUGCUGAGUCCGACCAAGCCCAAAUCCACCGUCCAGAUUGACCCUGAGUUGGACGACCUCAUGAUCGACGUUCUGAACGACUCGCGGUUCAAGUCCAAGGAACUGUCCGAGGCGGAAGUCAAGAAAAGUUGCCAGUACCUGCAAGAGACAAGCCACGUUCUGCUGGAGAAGUUCUACGACAUCAUCGCGCAGAUUCCCGACGAGCACUUUAACGCGAUCCAAGGCUUCCGGACGGGUACGUACAGCAAGCUAAAGUCGUUGAUCGAAAACGUUCGCGGCAAGACGAAGGUGAGCAAAAAGGCGCUGGAAAACUUCAAGAACCUCAAAAAGUCGUCCGCGACGGGAUCGCGAAAAAGCCACAGCUCAACUGCCACUCGCAGAAACAGCCUGCUGGACAUGGUUGACGGAGAACCUCCUCCAAAGAGCAACGGGUUUACGACGUCGUCCGUCGUAUACGACGAGGUCUUUGACGUGCCGGAAACGGAACUCUUUGAGCCGGAAAUGGAACAACCUCCGCAGCAGCCGCCGACGCCGACGCCGGCUGCUGAAAAGACGAAACCAACAGCGUUUGUGUUCAAGAAGCCCGUCUAUGGCCCGACGACCCCGAUUGGCAACAAGUCGGUAACGCUCGAGCGGGAGGACUACGUCGACGACGAGGAGGACAUCGACAGUAUUAUGGAGAACAUUCGCGAGGCCGAGCUGAUCGAUCAGGGUAAGGUAAACCGGCGCCAGCUCGAAUCCAUCGAUCUGGUAACGCCGGAGAGUUCGUUCCGGCGGUCGGAACCGCGAAUCACGUUCAACGCGCAGGAAACGUCCCUCCGCAAUACUCAGUUCAUCGAGAACGUCGAAACUCAGGUGGACGACGACGGUUGGCAGGUUUACGACGCGACUCAGUUUGAAAGCUCCAACGUGAUCGCCGUUGCGGACUCGCCGCCGGCGCCUAGCGCAAGUCAGCAGCCCUUUGUCCCGAAACCGCAAAAUUCGUUGGGCAACUUCCAUUCGGGUGUGCGCAAUGACGGUCUUACCGGAGAGUUUGACGGUAUGAAGUAUCCGCACUCGGACACGCUGCAGAUCGUGUUCCGCGAAACGUUUGGUCUGCGAUCGUUCCGGCCGAACCAGCUGCAGGUGAUCAACGCGACCUUGCUGGGCCACGACUGCUUCGUGCUGAUGCCCACCGGCGGUGGCAAAUCGCUGUGCUACCAGUUGCCGGCCAUUAUGACCGAGGGAGUGACGAUCGUGGUUAGUCCGCUGAAAUCGCUGAUCCACGAUCAGGUGAACAAGCUCGGAUCGCUCGACAUUCCGGCGGCGCAUCUUUCCGGUGAAGUUUCGUACGCGGAUCAGCAGAAGAUCUACGCGGACCUUAGCAACCCGAAGCCGGUGCUGAAGUUGCUGUACGUGACGCCGGAGAAGAUCUCCUCGUCGGGACGGUUCCAGAACAUUCUGACCGGACUGUACCGGAUGAAGCAGCUCGGGCGUUUCGUCAUCGACGAAGCGCACUGUGUGUCCGCGUGGGGUCACGACUUCCGGCCGGACUACAAGAAGCUGUCGGUGCUGAGGGAGCAGUUCCCAACGAUCCCGGUGAUGGCCCUCACGGCGACCGCCAAUCCGCGCGUCCGGAUCGACGUCCUGAAGCAGCUUGGGCUGGGACGCAACACAAAGUGGUUCCUGUGCAGCUUCAACCGGCCCAAUCUCAAGUACAUCAUUCGGCCCAAGCAGGGCGUUGCAACGAAGGCCGAAAUCAUGGAACUGAUCAAGAAGAAGUUUCCGCGCGCCACCGGAAUCGUGUACUGCCUUUCGAAGAAGGACUGCGACCAGCUGUCGGCGGAGAUGCGCAGUGCGGGCAUCAAGGCGAAGAGUUACCACGCGGGACUGGGCGAUGCGGAGCGGGAGGCGACCCAGAAGGACUGGAUUACGGACAAGAUCAAGGUGGUGUGUGCGACGAUCGCGUUCGGGAUGGGCAUCGACAAGCCGGACGUGCGGUACGUGAUUCACCAUUCGAUGCCGAAAUCUAUCGAAGGGUACUAUCAGGAGGCGGGCCGGGCUGGGCGUGACGGCGAGUUGGCCACGUGCGUGUUGUUCUACAACUAUUCGGACAUGCUGCGCUACCGGAAGAUGAUGGAUCACGACUCGUCGAUUCCGUUCGAGGCGAAGCAGGUCCAUCUGCACAAUCUGUUCCGGAUGGUCAACUACUGCGAGAAUGUGGCGGAUUGUAGGCGGACGCAGCAGCUGGACUACUUUGCGGAACAUUUCACCCGGGAGCAGUGUCUGGAGAACCGGGCCAGUGCCUGCGACAACUGCCUCAUGCAGAACGAGUACAAGACGGUGGACGCGACGGACGAUUGCAUUGCGAUAGCGAAGAGUGUGCGUGACUUGUGCGCUGGCCGGAACCGCUUUACGUUGCUUCACCUGGUCGAGGUGUUUAAGGGAAGCGAGCAGAAGAAGAUCAUAGAAAAUGGCCACAACAGGACGGCGUACCAUGGGCGGUUAAAGGCGUGGGAACGCAGUGACAUCCAGCGAUUGAUGCACAAGCUGGUCAUUGAGGACUACCUGAAGGAGGACCUGAUAUUCAGCAAUGAUAUUCCGCAGGCGUACAUCAAGAUUGGAAGCCGGAUCGAAAAGCUCAUGAACAGAGAAGUUCGCAUUAGCUUCUCGCUCAAGGAGAAGACCGCCGGCAAGCGUGUGCAGCAAAUCGACGUCGGCAACGAGCAGAAACAGCUGGACACCCAGAGCAAUGCCCAGAUCAAGGAACUGCAGGAACGCUGCUACAACGACCUGCUGGAGAUUUGUCGCUCGUUGGCUGCCCAGAAGAAUGUCACGCUGGCUUCCGUGAUGAACAUGCAAGCACUCAAGGCGAUGGCCGAACGUCUCCCAGAAUCCCAGCAGGAGAUGCUGGCCCUUCCUCACGUGACCAAGGCCAACUUUGAAAAGUACGGUCAACAGCUGCUCGAAAUCACCCAGAAUUACGCCGCGGAAAAACUCAGUCUUAUGCUCGAUUUGGAAGCCAUCGGAGGAGGAGACGGCGGAGAUUCUGAGGACAGUGGAAGCGAAAGCGGCGACGACGGCACCGACUGGGGUCGGCUAGCGCGGGAAGCGUCCGCGAGUGGAUCGGCUGGCUCGAGCAAACGAAGACGCAGCUGGGGCGCGGGCGGUCGAGGAACGAAGCGAUUCCGGAAGGGACGCGCCAAGUCCAAAACCGGUGGACGAGCGAAGGCAACGGGAGCGCGAGGUGCUGCGGCGAAACGGGGCGCGGCGAGGGGUGGGUCGAGCAGCCGGGGUGGACGAUCCGGUGGAUCCGGUUUGGGACUACUACCGAUGCCCGGUUGGUGACUCUCUGUUUUUUAUGUUCUGUUUUACCAAUCAAGUUUUGUUGUUUCCUGUUACAAAGCAAAACACUAUCCUAAGCGA